CAAGGUUGCUGUGGUAUCCCAGAAACACCAUUCACUCUGAGCUGUGACCGCGCACCAUCAACAGCAACAACUCCACUGCGCCUGGCCAAGGAAUAGGAAUUAGGAGCUCUCCCGAAUAAUAUGAAAGGGAUCUGCAAAGGGGAAAUCCGGGCAAAGGAGUCGAAAAUAGCAGACUUUGGGGACAGGGGAUGUACUACAUGUGGCCGGCUGGACUUCAUGCUGCUGAAGAAAAUGGGGAUUAAAAGUGGAUUUACAUUUUGGAACCUCGUCUUUUUAUUGCUGGUUUCCUAUGUGCAAGGGUUUAUUUAUACCUGUGGUGGAACUUUAAAAGGUCUAAAUGGCACUAUUGAAAGUCCUGGCUUCCCAUAUGGAUAUCCAAAUGGUGCAAACUGUACAUGGGUAAUAAUAGCAGAAGAACGAAACAGAAUACAGAUUGUCUUUCAGUCUUUUGCUCUAGAAGAAGAGUAUGAUUAUUUAUCAUUAUAUGAUGGACAUCCGCAUCCUGCAAACUUUAGGACAAGGUUAACAGGAUUUCAUCUUCCUCCACCUGUGACAAGUACAAAAUCUGUAUUUUCACUGCGUUUGACAAGUGACUUUGCAGUCAGUGCCCAUGGGUUUAAAGUAUUCUAUGAAGAGUUACAGAGCAGUUCUUGUGGCAAUCCAGGCGUUCCACCAAAGGGCAUCUUGUCUGGUACAAAAUUUGAUGUUGGUGAUAAAAUCCGCUACAGCUGUGUAACUGGAUACAUUUUGGAUGGCCACCCUCAGCUUACCUGCAUAGCUAACUCAGUGAACACAGCAUCAUGGGAUUUCCCAGUUCCUAUCUGCAGAGCUGAAGAUGCAUGUGGAGGAACAAUGAGAGGAACCAGCGGCAUUAUCUCCAGUCCCAAUUUUCCUAAUGAAUAUCAUAAUAAUGCAGAUUGUACAUGGACCAUUGUGGCAGAGCCUGGUGAUACCAUUUCACUCAUAUUUACUGAUUUUCAAAUGGAAGAAAAAUACGAUUACUUGGAAAUAGAAGGUUCUGAACCACCAACAAUAUG